AUGGUCCAACAAGCUAAGUCACUAGUCUAUGUGUUUGUCUUCGUAACAUACAAGGCAUUAUCGUCUCCAGUUGGAAACCCAUGUGAUAAUGUAGUUUGUGAAAAUGGCGGAACGUGUCAGUCCGAAGGUUCAUCGUACAUUUGUAAAUGUACAGACGGGUAUUCUGGAGACAGCUGCGAGACACAGGAACCCAACAACAAAAGAUAUGUUCAAAGCAAUAACCUUAUAGCAUUUAAUGGUGGAUGGAGCGGUUGGAGUACGGCUUCUGGUUGUACUGUUGCCUGCGGUGGUGGAUCAAUAUCGUAUUCACGUACUUGCAACAAUCCAGCACCCGCCCACGGUGGAACUUCCUGUUCCGGUUCUAGCACUAAAUCAGAGUCUUGUAACACUCACAGUUGUCCAGUUAAUGGUGGAUGGAGCGGUUGGACUACGAAUUCUGGUUGUACUGUUGCCUGCGGUGGUGGAUCAAUGUCGUAUUCACGUAUUUGCAACAAUCCAGCACCCGCCCACGGUGGAACUUCCUGUUCCGGUUCUAGCACUAAAUCAGAGUCUUGUAACACUCACAUGUGUCCAGUGAAUGGUGGAUGGAGCGACUGGACUGCGACCUCUGGUUGUACUGUUGACUGUGGUGGUGGAUCCAUGUCGUAUUCUCGAACAUGCAAUAAUCCUACCCCAGCUCACGAAGGUGCCCAUUGUUCCGGUUCUAGUACUAUGUCAGAGUCAUGUAACACUCACAGUUGUCCAGUUAAUGGUGGAUGGAGUGAUUGGACAUCAUGGGCAACAUGUACGCUUGAUUGUGGUGGUGGAACACAAAGCAAGACACGAACAUGUUCAAAACCAGCUCCAGCGCAUGAUGGAUUGGUAUGUGGCGGUGACAGCUCAGCUUCGCAGUCCUGCAAUACACAUUUAUGUCCAAUAAACGGUGGAUGGUCUGAAUGGGCACCUUGGAACGCCUGCACUGUGACAUGUGGUGAAGGAACACGUACGAAGACAAGAUCAUGCUCAAAUCCAGCUCCACACCAUGGCGGAGUGGAUUGCGGUAAUGAUGACUCAGAAACACAAUCUUGUACUAAACGGGACUGUCCAAUUUAA